AUGAAGAACCUCACUAAAGCUUAUUACUGCUUUCCAGAGCUGAACUCGUCUUGCACAAAGGAUUUCAGGUCACCAAUAGGAUACUUCAUAAUGUAUACAUUCUUUUUAUCUGUAUCGGUAUCUACAGUCUUCCUCAAUCUGUUGGUGAUCAUCUCCAUCUCUCACUUCAAGCUACUUCACACUCCUACUAACCUGUUCAUCCUCUCUCUGUCUGUAGCAGACUUACUAGUUGGCUUGCUUGUUAUGCCUGUAGAGAGCAUCAAAUUAAUAGAAACAUGUUGGUAUCUAGGGGACAGUUUUUGUUACAUAUUUCCCUACAUUACAUUUGUUGUUGUUCUUGUCUCUAUGAAUAAUAUAGUUUUCAUAUCCAUUGACCGGUAUAUUGCGGUUUGUGAUCCUCUGCGUUACACUCUGAGUGUGACACCCGGGAAAAGUGCUCUGUGUGUGUGUCUGAACUGGUGUGCUUCUCUGGUGUGUGCCCUCCUGGUCUUGCAAGAUCACCUCCUUUAUCCAGAGUCACACAGAACAUGCCAUGGAGAGUGUCUGCUUAUUAUCCAGCUGCCAUGGAUUGUGUUUGAUCUUAUCGUCUCGUUUGCCAUCACCUGUUCCAUUGUGAUAGGAUUAAAUGUGAAAAUAUUCUGCACGGCCAAACACCAGGCACAGGUGAUCAGCGCUUUCACAGCGAGAGUAAAGGCUGGUUGUGCAAACAGAAUGAUUGAUAAAUCCAACAGUAAAGCUACGAAAACCAUAGGAAUACUUGUUACAGUUUAUUUGCUCAGCUACAUGUAUAUGCCAUAUUAUGUUUGCGUCACUUUUCAAGGAACCUUUACAUCUGCAUCACUCGUAGCAAAUAGUCUUGUUUGGAUAUUGUAUAUGAACUCUUGCAUGAACCCAAUAAUAUAUGCAUUAUUUUAUCCCUGGUUUAAAGCAUCUGCAAAACACAUCAUCACCCUUGCAAUACUUGAUUCAGGUUCCUCAUAUUAUAAAGUAUAUUCAGAAUUAUCCUAA